GGCCGUGCGUGUGGCCCCCCUUGGAGGAAUCGCCGCCGCCGCCACCGCCGCCGCCCGAGUAAGAGUCGGAGUUGCCGCGAGGCCUCUGCUCCCGCCAUGCCCAAGAAUAAAGGUAAAGGAGGUAAAAAUAGACGUAGGGGUAAGAACGAAAAUGAAUCCGAAAAAAGAGAAUUGGUGUUCAAAGAAGAUGGGCAAGAAUAUGCUCAGGUAAUCAAAAUGUUGGGAAACGGGCGCUUAGAAGCAAUGUGUUUUGAUGGUGUAAAGAGAUUGUGUCACAUCAGGGGGAAAUUGAGGAAAAAGGUUUGGAUAAAUACCUCAGACAUAAUAUUAGUUGGUCUACGAGAUUACCAGGAUAAUAAAGCUGAUGUAAUUUUAAAAUACAAUGCUGAUGAAGCGAGAAGUCUGAAGGCAUAUGGCGAGCUUCCGGAGCAUGCUAAAAUCAAUGAAACUGAUACAUUUGGUCCUGGAGAUGACGAUGAAAUCCAGUUUGAUGACAUUGGUGACGAUGACGAAGACAUUGAUGAUAUCUAACUUAACCUCAACAUUCUGCAUUCCAACUUCUCUGAGGAUUGUUCAACAAUUUGGAUUUCGGCUGAGGCCUAUAAAAGAAGAUUAAAAUCCCUUUAAUUUGAAUGCAGUUGGGUUAAAGCAUACUGAUUUGUUUCUAAGGUGUUUCUUUAAAAACCGGUAGUGUUGAAUUAAGUGAAAUAUUAAGCUCACUUUGUUCUUCGGGUGUAAUGGAGUUUAUGGGUAAAAGAGAGAGCACAUCUAUUUUUGAAAAGAGGAAAAAAACCUUUCCUAUUUUGACCACUUCCAGUAAAUAAAUGGAUGCUUUAAAUAAACCAUUUGCCCUGUACUUAUCACUUAUAAGUAAGCCCUAGUUUUUACUAGCCUGUUGACUGUACAGUGUAUUUCUAUAUAUUCCAGUUACCUACAUGUAUCCUUGAGGUUUUGAACAAAAUUAAGGGAUGCAGAAAUCUGCAUUUGAAAUCAGAAAUAAUAGAACCUGGGUUUUAAUAGCAAUUUUGAAUUUGUAAGGUUAGUAGUUGCAGAAAUUGAACACUAGGUGGCACCCAGUUAUCUUAACAUUGGAAAUACUGAUUUGGUUGUAAAUUUUUUUUUUAAACUCACUGUACAUACAAAAUACCCCAACCAAGAUUUUUUUGAUCAUAUGCAUGUAUGUUGAAUGUUUUUACAGAACUAAAAGAUUAUUGUUUUAUUUCAGAAGUUAUAUGUGUAAGCUACAAUUUUAAAUGACUUAUACACAUUACUUAUGUAUAAAUGAAAAUUUCAUAACAACUUGUACAAAUUAAGCCCUUUUCAAAUGAUCCCUAAGCUGGGAAAAGAGGCAGGAAUAACAGCUUAAUGAAAAGAUAGUCUCCCAUUUCUGAAUGGAAGAGCUACCAUGGAGAAUAUAAUAAAGACAAUGUCAUGCUGCACAGUGUAUUAUAUAUAUACUUUGUGUUUAGGGUAUAUUUUAUUAUGUGUCCUUUAUUUUUUUUUUUUUUUUUUUUUUUGGUAUGUUACUAGGAAUUUAGAUUCAUCCUUUCUCAUUCAUUUUUUCAUGGCAACUCUAGUAAAAUGAAAUUAAAGGCUGGACUAGUUAGACCUCACUAGCCACACUGAAUUUAUGUGCAACUUUAAAAGAAGAGAUCCACCAUGUAGCAUGUGAUGCUUUUAUUCUGCUGGUCUCCAGAGAACUUUGCUGUGAUGAAAAGUAAUGUAAAGGGGAAUAAACCUUCACAUGCCCUGCAAAAAAAACAAACAAAUCUCUCAUAAGUGUGCAAACUCUGGAAUCAAAAUCUGUGGAUCUAUAAAACAUUGUUAAAGAAUAGAAAUUUUGAAUGGACAUUUGUAGUUCGUGUUUCUUAUUUGGCGUUCUUGAACACUUACCUAGUUAGACGGCAUCUGAGCUCAUGGGCAAGUUUUUAAUAUUUAAAAGAAACCAGCCUCUAAGAAUUAUCAAUAGUGAUUGUCUUUCUCAGUAAUCUAAACCUCCUAAGAUAUUUAGGCUUUUAUACAUAAAGGUGUUUUGCUAAAUUUGUGGUAUAUGGGAGGUGGGCAAAAGUAGGUUUACAGUUCUUCAUAGGGGAAAUAAUACAAUAAAUAAAUAAUACAAGAACACACUUUCAUGUACCUGCAACUGUAAAGUACUUUGCCCACCCCUGUAUAAAUCCUUCCACGUUAUUUUACCAAGAAUGUUUUAACUCUGUGUCUGUGAUACAGUUCAUCGUAGGGAUGGUGUAUCUCAAACAUCUUAAGUUUUUCUACUUACCUCCUCAAAUAAAUAUGGUUUAUUUAAAGAUUCUUUAAAAAUUACAACGAUGGCCCAAAUGCAUUUGCUAGUGAUUUUUUCUUUCUUGCCUUGGAAGUAACAACUCAGUGUAGUGUUGCAUCCUUGAAAAUCUGAAAUCAUAAUACCCAUAAUUGAAAUAGUUGGGCUGAAAUUGUAGCUUAUAUCAACACUACUCGGAAUUAUUUUAGUAACUUUUCAUGUGGAAAUGAAUCGUUUCAUCGAUAUAUUUCAAAUGAGCAAUGGAAGUGGUCCUUAAGAAAAGGUUUUUUGUUGUUGUUUGGUUAUACUCUGAUUUGUAAAAUACAAUGCUAUAAAUUGUGCUCUGAAAGAAAAUAAAAUGUUUGAAAUCCAGAUAAUAGUCUUACUGUUAAGAGGUGUAAUAGUUAUUACUAACAAACUUGAUAGGUUUGCA